AAACUGUACCAGAACCAGCAAAUGAUGUAAUUGAAGUUACAUAACGGUGCACACUGCACAUUUUGUUUUCUCUUAAUCAUACGAAGAUAUAUAUUUUAUGUAUUCUUGCCAAUGUUCAUUUUAACUGGAUAGUUAAGAAAACAAAUAGAUGGAGAAAGUAUUAUUUUUCAAUUUCCUAAUUACUGUGGGUUUAGGAAUCACGUGUGCUAAGAAAUGCAUUGAGUGUGGAUUGGGCGUGAACUGUCCAGUUUUACCCGCGAAGGAUUGUGAAGAUGUAACAAGACCUUGUUCCUGCUGCAAAGAAUGCGCGCGCAGAGUUGGAGAACAAUGUUCUUGGUCCACUGUCAGGUGUGCCUCGGGACUGAUGUGCAUCAAUGAUGAUGGAGAGGCGCUUGUGCAUGUCCCUCGCUUCUUGACCUACUUUAAAGGAACAUGCCAAUUUGUUGUUAUUCAACCAGUUGUGGUGGAAAAUACUGACGUCACAGAAAGAAGAAAUCGUAUAUAACUCUAUGGAACAUCACAAGUAUUCAUGUAACUGUUAAACCAUUUUUUUUCUAAAUUGUAUCAAGGUAUACAUAUUUUUAAAAAUAUGCUUUUAGAUUUUAUUCCUUUUAUUUCAUAAGAAAUAGCAUUUCAUUAUGCCUGUAUUGCCUGUAAUUGUCUGUGUAUAUAACAAACAAUGCUACAACUACCGCCCUGUAUUUUCAAAGCAUUUAAAUUUUGAAAGAUCUCAUGUAAGUUAAGAUAAUUGUACUACGUUGAUUAAGACGGAAAGAGAAAUAACCUAAAAGUAAUCAUUUUGCCAGUUGAUUAAUGUACCUUCUUACUUUUUUAACAGAGCAAAUAAAAAUUUAUUCAAAUUCUUUAA